AACUAAAACAGUAAAACCCCAACCUCUCUCAAUUUCUUACACAAAACCACCAAAACCCAUGGCGAAAUACAUAACCAUUCUCCUCUUCUUCCUCCUUUCUCAAAACCUUAAACCGGUUCGCGAAGCCGAAGCCGCGGCGAAGCGAAGCAUCCACAUAACGGACGAUCUUGACGAUGUCGUUGACGAGGAGGAGGACGAGGCCUGGAAGGAGUGGGGCAAGAAAUCCACGCCCUCUGCUGACUCCGAUCUCCGGCCUUCCGAUUUGUCGAAGAUGUCGGAGGCCGAAAUCCAGGCCGAGAUGAUGAAGCGGCAUUCUGGGCCGUCAAUGGGUUUCGUUAAGCUCCGGCUCGGCGUUCUACGGACUCCGGACAUGGUAGCUGAGAUUGCUAUGAAAUGGACAAAGGUUCUGAGAACUGGAGCUAUCGGAGCAAGAUUCAUGGGUGUUGAUCGGAGCACAAUCAUGUUCACCAUGGAAAGAGGCCAAGAUACAGCUGAGUUGAAGGAGUUUGUGUUGGACCAACCAGAGGCAUAUGAGAUCAAGAUUGGGGAUCAAGCUUUUCGUAGGCCUGGAGAUCCUCCUUUAGAGGAAGUUCUUGCAAAGCUCCACAAUGAGAAAAACAAGGUGGAUAAUACUAAUCCCACUAAGAAUGGAAAGCAAUUGAAAGAAGAGUUGUAGUUGACUGGUGGAGGCAGAGCACUGAAUCAGAAUCCAAGAAUCAGGAAUUCAAGAUACAUGUUCUGGCAAGAUAUGUUGUUGAUUAGCGAUUGGAAAGGAUGGGGCUUUGUGAAAUAGACAAAUUGGUGGGGGACUCGGUUGUGAUGAACUGCUCUGGUGGUGGGAUUUGCACAACAAAAGAAUUGGCAGGGGAGUGGGUUGUGAGACUUUGGAAACAUGGGGAGGGGUGUAAACCAUUUUCAGUCCCUUCACGGCUCAACCAAGUUAUUCUUGCCUAGCUGAAAGUGUUUGGUACUUUGGUUUUGACCAAAUCUUUUAGUUGC